CGAUCGUUGUGCUGCAUUUGUAUUUUGAUUUUUGUUGUCUGUCAGUCCGCGUCGCGCCGCCACACGAAACGGUCGUACACGCGUAAACACAGCAUAGAGUUAAAUAUCAAUUUCGCAUUCCAUCAAUUUUAGUAGUGUUUACUUUUGAGCUUGACUGUUCUAAAAUUAUAUCUGAAUGAACUGUGAUAGUGUUUUGAACAAUAAUAAUAUUCAACGUGUCCUAUAAAUCGAAAUGAGUGGAUUGACCACCAGAGUUAAAAGAGGAUCGAGGGGUAGUGCUACUCUUCUGGAAGCUGCUAAUAGAAUUUUGCGAUUACUCGGCGUUAGCUCUACAAAACGCGGGAAACAACCCUCCCCAAAAUCGAAGAUUGGCAGUCGAGCGUCUAGUGAGGUCCGUGCUCCUAUUGCGGCUGCUGAGUCUAUAGUGGAAACUCCGGUAAAAAUGCAGGCUUCACCGGCUACGACAGUUACGGCCCCCGCCCCUGCUUCAUCUCCGGUACCGAGCCAGUCUCACAAAACUACUAAGCGAUCUGCAAAGGAUUAUAUCUUCGGAAAAUUAAUAGGAGACGGCUGUUAUAGUACAGUCUUCUUAGCCAAAGACAUACACACCGGGAAAGAAUAUGCAAUUAAAGUCUGUGAGAAACAUCACAUAAUACGAAAAAAGAAGCGAGAAUACAUAAAACGCGAAAAAGACGCUUUAAAUAUGCUAUUUAAUGUGCCCCACGGUUUCGUUAAAUUGUAUUGUACGUUCCAAGAUGAAGAGAGAUUGUACUUUGUAUUAUCUUAUGCGAAGAAUGGGGAACUUCUUUCAUAUAUCAAUAAAGUUGGCUCUUUCGAAUUAAAUGUGGCCAAACAUUAUGCCGCUGAAUUACUAUGGGCUUUAGAGAAAAUGCACGCGCAAAGAAUUAUUCACAGAGAUUUAAAACCGGAGAACAUACUAUUAGACGAGAACAUGCAUUUGUGUAUAGCCGAUUUUGGUACUGCAAAAAUUCUUAAUUCCAAAGAAAUUAGCUCUUCUCCGAAAAAUAACGAAAAUGAUAAUUCACAAAAUGAACGUUCAAGGAAAAUCAGUUUCGUUGGCACGCCUCAGUAUGUUAGUCCAGAAUUACUACACGAUUGUGUUGACACUCGGGCUUCUGAUCUGUGGGCUUUGGGAUGUAUUAUCUACCAGAUGAUAUCAGGAUUACCUCCUUUCCGCGCUGCAACGGAAUUUUUAAUUUUCCAAAAGAUUCUCAAAAUGGAUUAUGAAUUUCCGGAAGGUUUUCCAGCAGAUGCUAAAGACCUUGUAGAAAAGUUAUUAGUGCUCGAUCAUUCCAAGCGAAUAGGAGCUGACGAUAAAGGAGAGACGUACUACAGUAUCCGCAAUCAUCCUUUCUUUGAAGGCGUUGACUGGGAUAAACUGUGGGAGCAAACUCCACCGAAAAUCAGUCCAUACCUGCCAGGAGGUUCAUUUGAAGAAGAAUAUAAUGUGCCCGACUAUCUUGAACCAGGUCUUGGAAAUAAAGAGCUAGUGCGUCUUUGGGGAAUAGAUUUAUCGACAUCCAAAGGUAUAUUGAACAUCAGCCCUGAAGAAAAACGUCGCCGCUUAGAAAUUCAAGCCCGAGAUAGUAAAUGGCAUCAAUUUGUGGAUGGUGAGCUGAUACUGAAACAGGGCCUUGUCGACAAGCGAAAGGGCCUGUUUCCCAGGCGCCGGAUGCUGCUUCUUACUACUGGACCUCGACUAUUCUACGUUGACCCAGCAAAUAUGAUCCUUAAGGGGGAAAUACCCUGGUCCCCAGAAUUGCGCGUUGAAGCCAAAAAUUUCAGAAUAUUUUUAGUACAUACGCCGAAUCGUACAUAUUACCUAGAAGAUCCAGAUUCUUACGCAUUGGAAUGGGAACGUGUCAUCGACGAAGUGCGUAUUGAAACAUAUGGGCGCGACACGACUUAAAUGCCGGCGCUGCCGCAGACCCGAGCAGAGCCUGCGACGCUGCCGCGGCCCUCGGGCCCCGCGUUUUAUCACAGCACCCCACUCGUUGAGUGUGCACAUAUAGGAAAUUGUAGCCUUGGCUUCGAGCAUGGCCAACAUCCGAUAAUAAUAUGUUCGGUCAGUACGACCUCCUGACCGAAGCAUCCGUUGCACGGCGCGUCGUGAGCCGCGGGCGGCGCCACAUUUGUUCCAGAGCGCAAGAUGAGACGCCCGCGCCGCACGUUUCGUACACCGGAUCCUAUUUAAUGAGGCGACGACGUGUUCUAAUGAUGAAUCACUGUGGAUAUUGAUUGACUGAUUCCUAUUAACGUUUAGUAAUGAUAUCCCAACUAUUUUAAAUUAUUCUAAUUAUAUAAGUUCCUUAUUUAUCGUGAUUAUCAAUGGUGAUGUGUAAAUAUUUGUCUUGUUGCGAUUGCUUAGUUAUAAUGCAACGGUCACUGUGGCAUUGCAUGCUACAUUGCGGCCGGAUGUAAGUUGCAUUCGGGUCUCAUAUACAGACUUGUAAUCACCACCUGCGUGUUCACAAAGCUCAUUCCUGUUGGUAACUAGGCAAUUUAUAGCUAAAUAUUAUUUAUUUAUACUAAUUUUUUUGCCAACGGGAUUUGGAUUGCUGUACAGAGAUAACUGUAGGAAAAUUGUAUCAUUAAAUGAGGGCCUAGACAACACAACAACAUAGGUCAUAUUGAAUGGAAUAUGAAUUUUAGUAAGUUACUAUGCAGUUUAAUUUGACCUAUACCUAGUGAUUGCGCCGUGGAUAAGCUGUCGAAAAGAGAAUGGUCCGGAGAAGUGUUAAUAUACUUACAAUUAAUGUACUGCAUGAAAGUACUCUCCAAUUAAACAUUGUCGAGAGUUUGCAGCUUCGUGCAUAAAUAUUUGAAAUAUAGGUAAUUCUAAAUAGUAAAGGUAUACGGAAUUCCACCAAAGGUGACAAUUAUAAAUUAAUUGCUAGUUUGUGUGGUAUAUUUGGACUUGAGUUGAUGGUUUUAUUAAAUUUCAUUGGUAGUGAUCCUUUGCAGACUGAAUUUUCAUGUAAACAAUCUUAGACUGUUCAAUGUCAUGUGUUUAUCUGAUAAUACCGAUUUAGUUUCGUGAACAAGAGUAGAGGUUUAAAUUUAAUUAGUUUAUUAUUCAAAUGCCUAAAACUUGCCUGUUAUAUUUAAAUUAGGGCUUAUUGUAAAUUCGGGAUUAAAUCCAUAGUCUAAUAGGAAGUCCUCAUUUCAUUUAGCAAAUUUUAGGUAAUAGAUCAAUUUAGUGGGUUCUUUAAUAAGAUAUUUAUUUAUGAUAAUUCAUUAAUAUGGCCAAUGUAUUAUAACACAAUUCACCCGAUACCAUUUACUUUGGAUUUUCCAUGACAUUGUUAUCAAGCAAUUACAAACUGCAUUUAAAAUUUAAUACUGUUAACUACUAUAAUUAUAUUUACAAAAUUUGUAUCACAUAAACUACCUACAUCAAGUAACAAAAUAAGAAAUUGAAAAUAAAUUGAAGUUGAUUUUUAAUUGUUUAUUAUUAUUUCUUUCAAUAACGUAAACCUGUUUUUAAAAUAAAGUGAAUAAA